AUGGCUACAAAGAAGCAGCUGUGCUCUCUGGCCCGUAUGAUCCUGCCUGCUGCUGGGUUUGGGAUGGUCUGUCUUGGGUCUUUCCUGGUGUCCCAACAGAUGACGGACGGGCUCCUUUGGAGUUCUAUCCCUGCCUACAUUUUGAUGUUUCUUGGAUUUCUGGCUGUGCUGAGCGGAGUCUUCUGGGCCAUCUGUCACAGCAUGGGGAGCAAACUGUACCGGGGAAGUGGACAAGGACAGGAACGACAAGUCCAGGUUUAUGCCAUUGAAAGGUGAGAGACACGGAGUACAGAGAAAUCUACAGAAAGUAUGUUUGGUUUUAGUUCUGAGUUUCAGCUGGUUUCCAAAAUUUCCUUUCAUUUGUUUUUAUGCCUUGAGAGUCAAAUAUAAAAUCUGUCCCAUCAAAUCUUUUUAUGUUUUAAAGUUCUUUGAUAAAGUUCAUACUGGUCAAAUAAAUGAUUAAAACUAAAACUAAACCACCAGUGAAUAUUGUUUGUCCUCUCAUCUACAGGCCAAGCUCCUUCCCUCCAUCAUAUGAGGAGUCCCAGAACAGCCAGCUGUCUCCCGAAACUGUCUCUGAGUUUGCGGUGGAGGUUGAUGGAGUAGAUGUGGUAAUCAGCCUCGCUCCUCCUCUGUACAGCCCGGACAGCUCGGAGGCUCCAGACUGCAGGUGGAGCUGGGAGCGACCACCACGGUACAGUCAGGUGGAAAAUAGGCAACAGGGAGAGGAGAGGCAGAUGGAAGUCCGGUCUGGACAAUGA